AACGUGUAGUUAUGUAAAAUAAACGCAAAUAACAUAAGCCGGUAAAAUGUUUAAAGUUUUCCAAUCAUCAGCCUCGCUUGGGCAGCAUCUAAAAGGUUUGAUAACUGUACGACACUAUGGCAAACCGAACAAGAAAUUCCUGUACAAAGAUGGCAUUCUGAAGGACCAAAUUUAUUACUAUCCAAGGGACAACAACCGAGAAAUACCACCGUUGGAAGGUGAACCAUCCAAACUAUUUCGUGUCACAAGAUUGAAGCCCAUCAAAGGACUACCAUUCUGGGAGAAGCGGAUACUGCGAGGAUUGGGAUUGUUUGAGCACAAUGCCGUGGCGGUGGUGAAAAAUAUUCCCGAAAAUAAUGCUCGCCUAUGGAAGGUGAAGCACCUGGUGGAAAUACAGCCCAUCACGUUCAAGUACGGCGAACCGACGGAGGCCGACGUUGAGCGGACGUUUCUGAAGGAAGAUGGGGAAUGUGUAGUCGUUCGAAAGCUAGAAGCGGUUGAAAUUACCAAUACGAAACUCGAGGCGGCCGAAGAGAUCCGUAAUGCCAAGAAGCGUAUGGACGGAGAGACGUUACGGAAGGAUUCUAGGUUAAAGUGGCUCAAUGCGUGGUAAUCGAAAAUUUGUUCGAUAUGUGUAAGGGGAGAAGGAGGGUAGUUUAAAACAUAAGAGAAUAUAAAGGUAAAUCUCUAAACAAAAUUAAUGAAAUCAGUUUCGGAAACAGAAAGAAAGACGGCACAGUUAACAC